CAUGGUAAUGUCGCUGAAUCCCCACUGGAGCUUAUCACUUUCAUUUUAUUUCUUGUGUGCACUUCUAUGCUGUGCUUAUCUGUUUAAUUCCAUUUCUUGAUCGUAUUUCUUCCUGUCUCAGAUCAUUCCCGAGAAGAACAGGAGAGAGAUCUCCAAGUACCUCUUUCAAGAGGGUGUGUGCUACGCUAAGAAGGACUAUAACUUGCCAAAGCAUCCUGAAAUUGAUGUGCCGAAUCUUCAAGUGAUUAAGCUCAUGCAGAGCUUCAAAUCCAAAGAAUAUGUGCGCGAGACCUUUGCGUGGAUGCAUUACUAUUGGUAUCUUACCAAUGACGGCAUUGAGUUCCUCCGCACAUACCUCAACUUACCUUCUGAGAUUGUUCCUGCAACUCUCAAGAAGUCUGCCAAGCCCCUUGGCCGGCCAAUGGGUGGCCCCCCUGGUGAUCGUCCACGUGGACCUCCAAGAUUUGAUGGGGACAGGCCACGCUUUGGUGACCGGGAUGGAUACCGUGGUGGGCCAAGAGGAGGUGAAUUCGGGGAUCAAAAGGAUGGAGCACCAGCGGAUUACCAACCUGCUUUCAGGGGUGCAGGUGGACGUCCUGGCUUUGGUAGAGGCUUUGGCGGAGCACCUUCAAGUUAAAAGUGCCUUUGUUCAAUCAUAGUUUUUGAUAGGAUUGGGAGGAGUUAUGUGAAAGAUAACUUGUGUUUUGCGUGAGAAUACAGUAUUGUCUUGUGAUGCAGUGGUCAUUUAUUUUCAUUACUUUGGAUUUAUUUAGUGCCAUGGUUGUUACCCUUGUUUGAUUUUUGUUUCUCAACUUGUACAAUGCAAUGGAUUUUUCUUUAAGCCUCAUUUGAUUUUAUUUUUCUUCUCAAUCAA